AUGAAGAAAUUGAAGAGUAAACUAGAAAGUACAAAUACGGAUAGUUUUGGAAUUUCGAGAACUGACUUCUCAAGAACUCAAAAAUCGCAUAGGAGAUAUUUGAUUAACACUUCACUCAAAUUUAAAACUAGCUCAAGUGAAUUAAAUAGAAUGGAGUUACAGGAAGAGGAUUCGAAGAUCGUCAAUCCAAUUUAUUUGAAUAAUAUACGAUCGUAGAAGAAAUCUCGCAAUAAUUUUAAAAGGGCUGAUUAUUUUCACCUAAAAAAGGUUCCUUCAACAAAUAGUUAAGAUAUAUGUCAGAAAAGUACUAGAUUGCAAUAAUUAUCCUCAUGUAUUAUCAAGUGUUAUUCUGAUGAGAUAGCGAGUCUCAAAGACAUAUAAACCAUUGACGCCAUAGAGUUUGACAAUUAUGUAUCAAGAUACUUAAACGAAGCCUCAAUAAGUAUUGAUAUCUUAAUUAAGAAAUUAUAAUAUUUGUAGCAAUACAAAUAGAACAGAGAGAAGAGUGAAUAGGAAAUGAAGGAAAUAAUGUAGGAGUGUUUCAAACAGAAGAAUGUUUGCAUUCAAUAGAGGUUUUGUUAUAUUUUCGGUAAAAUGGAGUAGUUAUUUUUCAAUCCAAUAUCUGGGGCAAUUUACUUUAAGUUAUGCAAACGCCUAUCCGAUAAUGAAUAGUAUUAUAGAAACAAAAUGAAAGCCUAUAGGGGUUUGGGAGAAUGUCUAUUAAGAGUUAGGCCCAAAUUAAGCUAACUCUAUUUUACUAAGUACUUGAUGUCUGCUUGGAAGUUAAAUGAAAAGAAUCACGAACUCUAUGCUUACGAUUUGCUUGGCAAAUAUUACUUCUAUGUAGGCUAAAUAGAAAAGGCCAAGCAAUUUCAUGAGAAGAUGAUUGGAGGAUAUUGUGAAGUAUUUUGUAUGUAGAUUAAUACAAAGGUUCCAGAUUCAAGAGUGAGAGUUCUAGCUCAAAGUCGUUUAGAAUAAGGAAGUUUAUCAAAUAGAAUUAAUAGGGAACAUUAAGUAGUCGAUAUUGAUGUUGUAACAUCGGAUGACGAAUGCUAUGAAAUCGUAUUAACUUAACCUUAACCAGUACAAGUUGCAUUUGUUGGUUCUGGUAAGUAUUUUUAAAGGAAAAUACCUGAUCCAAAAAGUGUUAAAGAGGAAGCCAAUACUAACAUCAGAUAGAAGAAACCUAAAUUUAAUUCACAAAUUCUGGAAUCUGGUGGCUAAUUUGAUAUGUCUAAAUUAGUGAUAUCUAAUCCACACCUUAAUAUUGGGGUUAUAAAAGAUAGGGUAUUAUUGAGUCAUAUGACUCCAAAUAGGAAGCUUGAAAUGUAUUAAUAUCUCUGUUUAGCAAAUGAUAAAAAUGCCUUUAACAAUGUUAAUCAUUUGUCAGGAUUGUAUGAUAGAUUUGAAGUUAGCAAAAUUAAUAAGUAUUUGAAUAAGCUGAUCUCGCUUAUGAACAUUGUUUAGCAAUGGCUUAUCAAUUAAUCAAGAGUGAAAACAAACAUAAAAAAAUACCCUCUUGCUUGA